GUUGGACCAGAGGGGACAGUUCUGGAAGACCACCCUUAGUUGGACCAGAGGGGACCGUUCUGGAAGACCACCCUUAGUUGGACCAGAGGGGGCAUUUCGAGAAGAUCACCCACAGCUGGAGCAGGGGGGACAGUGGAAAGCUUUUAGAAGACCAGCCUUAUCUGGAGCAAAUAGAGAACCAGGGAGCAGUAGGAUACUUUGAAACCUACCAAGAAUGACCCCUAUUUGGAAAAAUACAUUAAAUGGAUAAACAACUGGCUAUCUUUGGGAAACAGACUACAAGGAGGAUGGGAUGCAUCUGAUCAUUUAUUAAAAAAGAAUUCUACUUUCUGCUCUGUAGAGAACCUGCUUUCGGAGUUUAUAUAUUUUAUUUUGUUGUUGUUGUUUUUUUUUUUUCCUGGAGAAAGGAUAAAGGCUUCCAAUAUAUAAAUAUUUUUUAUUAUUAUUUUUUGUGGAUCUUGAUCACAUUUUUGUUUUUUUACUGGGACAUGUGUAAACGAAUCUGGAAAAUACCUACAGGCACAGAGGGAGCCAGGGUGAACCCUUGGAGAGUGUGAUUUGAUAUCCCUACUUCCUCUGGGUGAUGCAGAUGGAAUGAAAUUUAUAGAAUGGAAAUAGUUUGGGAGAUUUUUCUUGUCCUGCAAGCAAAUGUCAUUGUUUGCAUGUCAGCACAACAAAAUUCACCAAAAAUCCAUGAAGGCUGGUGGGCAUACAAAGAGGUUGUACAAGGCAGUUUUGUACCAGUGCCUUCCUUCUGGGGAUUGGUAAAUUCUGCCUGGAAUCUCUGUGCGGUUGGAAAGAGACAGUCUCCGGUCAACAUAGAAACCAGCCAUAUGAUCUUCGACCCCUUCUUAACGCCUUUGCGCAUCAACACAGGUGGACGUAAGGUGGGAGGUACAAUGUACAAUACAGGAAGGCAUGUGUCACUAAGGCUGGACAAAGAACAUUUAGUAAAUGUAUCCGGGGGGCCACUAACUUAUAGCCAUCGCUUAGAAGAAAUCAGGCUGCAUUUUGGGAGUGAAGACGGACAAGGUUCGGAGCAUCUUCUUAAUGGACAAGCUUUUUCAGGAGAGGUUCAACUAAUUCAUUAUAACCAUGAGCUGUAUACGAAUGUCACAGAAGCAGCUAAAAGUCCAAAUGGAAUAGUGGUUAUUUCCAUAUUUAUAAAAGUAACGGAUUCAUCGAAUGCUUUCCUAAAUCGGAUGCUUAGCAGGGAUCCAAUCACUAGAAUAACAUUUAAAAAUGAUGCCUAUUUACUGCAGGGGCUAAAUAUUGAGGAUCUGUACCCCGAAACCUCUAGCUUCAUUACAUACGAUGGCUCGUUGACUAUACCUCCUUGUUAUGAGACAGCAAGUUGGAUAAUAAUGAAUAAACCGAUCUACAUUACAAGGAUGCAGAUGCAUUCUUUAAGAUUACUAAGUCAAAACCAACCGUCCCAGAUAUUUUCAAGCAUGAGUGAUAAUUUUAGACCAGUCCAACCACUAAAUAAUCGCUGUAUCCGAACCAAUAUUAAUUUUAGCUUGCAAGGAAAAGACUGUCCGAAUAAUCGGGCGCAAAAACUCCAAUACAAAGUGAAUGAAUGGCUUCUCAAGUGAUAUGUACAACGAAGGACGUCACCUGUAAAAUGGGUGCCUUGGAUUGACAGAACCUAGAAUGCGCCAAUCUCCAUUCACUUUUCUGGACAUGUACUUUAUGCCCUGUACGUGGUGCCCAUCAUCUCACAACAAAGGAACGUGUGCUGCACGAAACAUUGUAACAAAGGGCCGGACAACUUGACUUGUUAAAUCUGUCCCAAAACAUGCAAGGGGGGGACAGUGAUUUAAACAUUUUUGCGAACUCUCAAGUUAUUGAGUGAAAGACUUUUCGGCCUCUGUACAAGUUGCAUUCUUUAUAUGAAUCGCUUCGGACACUCUCCAAUCGGAUUCGUAACUUUGCCCUGCGUUUCCACGAGUUUCCCGUUUUGGGGGGGCGGGGGGGUAAAAAAAACAAAACCUCUAUACGUAUUGGAAUAUCACAACAAGUAAUGAGAAAAUACUUAUUUCUAAUAUAUCAUACUGUUUAUUCCAUCACGCAAGAUGACGAGCGAUAUAUGUAUUGUGUAUAUAUAUACAGAUAUAUAGAUAUAUAUAUAUAAAAAUAUAUAUAUAUUAUGAAAGAAUUUUAAGGACGUACAUUCAUUUGUUUCUUUUCAACAGCACCCCGAAUGAAUAGCAAUUUUCUUAUUCACCCCAAAACAUCCCUUCCAUCACAGUUUGAUCAUUUAUACCCUAAAUCUACGUCAAACACGUUUUAUUUUUCUGCUAUUCAGAUAUUUCUUUUCAUUUCAUUCUUGUUAUGGCUGUCUGAAUUCUUAAUAUGCAUAUUUAUUCUUCUUAAAUGUUUAGAGCAAUCUGUAUAAUUCGGUCAAUAUUUUUUU